GUAAGACAAACUCAAGAUAAAAUGGUUGGGUGCUGGUUUUUCACUUCGGGUCCCGUUUCUUUGAGUGCCAAAAUCGAUAGGAAAGGGUAUUGUAAUGGUGAAGUUAUACCAAUUUACGCAGAAAUUGAAAAUUGUUCUUCUCGGUUAAUUGUGCCGAAAGCUGCCAUUUUCCAAAUACAGACUUAUGUGGUUAGAGGGAAAACAAAGACUUUCCGCCAAAUGGUUGCCAACGUGCGAGGAAACCACGUUGCCUCAGGAAGUACGGAUACCUGGAAUGGCAAAACUCUGAAAAUCCCACCUGUCACCCCUUCUAUCCUUGACUGCUGUAUUAUCAGAGUUGAAUAUUCCUUGGCU